AGCUAGAGCUAAGAUCUAAAUCUAUAAGAAACUAGUCUAGAUCUAGAUUCUAUCUACUUUAUUAAAAUAAAAUUAAUUUAAACGAAUAAACGCUUUAAUAUCUAGAUUCUAGAUCUAGUUUUUAAAUAUGGCUUUAGUUAAGAAACAUAGAUCUAGAGCGUUUCAUUUCUUAAUCAACAUUUUCGUUGUAAUGAGUUCGUUGUUUUUAAAAGACGCGAGUGAAGCUUGUGGGGGCGUCACACACAUUGAAAUAAGUUACAGAGCACUUGAUAGCUACAUUGAUGCUUACAACAGUACAGUUUACAAUGCAAUCCUUAAACAAAAUCAAGAUGCGCUUGAGGCAGGAAAUGUAUUUCCUGAUGCAUUUUAUCCAAAUUUAUGUUUUAAUGGUCAAUUUCAUGAUGUUGCUGAAGACGCACACUGGACUCCAUUUCUCAAUGCCAGUAUUAACUACAUUCAUAGAAAUUACCCCAAGCCAUGGAAUGAGCAAAGUUUGAAACUGGUAACUUUUAUUAUGGGAGUUGUCUCCCAUCAAGUUGCAGAUGUCAGCUGGCAUUCCCUUGGUUUGGAUCAAGGAUUCUUGCAGGCUAUGGCAGGGACAAACUAUCAUGGUGAUUUCCCUUCAGCUCAUUCAGAUGGAGAUCUAGGUGGAGAUGUCUUAAACUUGUUUCAAUUGAACCUCAACUACAGUAAUUUUACAGGAGAGUGGUAUGUACCUGUUAAUGACUUGUUGGGAAUCUUUAAAGACUAUUACGGCAAAGAGGUCAUAAAUGAAACUGUGGUGGUUACUUGCACACAAAUAAUGUUUUUGGCCAGAUUGGCAGAAAGACUGGUUGUAAAAGAGUACUAUCCAAUCAUAGCCAAAAAAAGUCCAUUUUUGAGGAAUGAACUGUACAACUAUUAUCUUGGAGGAAUAGAAGAUAUGGCUGCUUGGACUCAGAGAAUAUGGAAACAUAUCACUUAUGUUCUUGAAAAUGGAUACAAGAACUGUGAUAUGAAUCAUAGCCCAUUGCUUAUCAGAUGUAAUCAAACUGCUAACACUAACAUACAAGGGGAGAAAAGAACAACCUCAUUCAGAGGAUCAGUAAUUAAGAAAAUGUAUGAUAACCUACUAGCCUCUACAAGUUUCAGUUUUAAGGAUAUAAUUGUUGAGUAUAAACAUGGCGGCGUUUACUUGAGACCAUCUUCAAGUUUGCAGGAAAAAAUAUCGAGUCUUAAUACAAAGAACACAGAGAGAAAAAAAUCCAGUUUUGUUGAAUUUCCUAAUGCAAUACUUACAAUAGCUGCAAACUAUUCCAAACUAGGAAGUUCCUAUGCUGUUGCUGAUCUAAACAAAGAUGGGAACGAUGAUGUUGUGAUUGGCUGUCCAGGAUGCAUAGAUCCUGACACAAAGAAGAAAACAGGGAUAGUAUUUAUUUUAUAUGGAACUGAUCAAGGGUUAAAUCUAUCAACAACUGAUAUUACAAAAGCUGCCCAUUUUAAAAUAAUAGGCCCACUGGAUACAACCAAUUCAGAAUUUGGUCAGUCCCUUGCCAUUUUUGACCUUGACAAGGAUGGGAAUCUGGAGAUAGCUGUUGGUGCUCCCAGUUUUGGGUCAGAAAGCCUAACAUACCUGGGCAGAGUUUACUUGUACUCUUCAGCCAGUGAAGGAAGUUUUCUACUUAGAGGUACAGUUGAUUGUCAGGACAAAUAUUGCACUUUAGGAGCAACACUUAAAUCUGCAGAUAUAAAUUCUGAUCAUUAUAGUGACCUCAUUGUGGGCUCACAUUAUGCCCCUUGUGGUGGCGUGCAGAGAGGAAUGGUGGGAUUUGUUCAAGCUGACAACAAGUAUGCAGGCAAAACUAACCUGGCAUUAAGUCCUGAAAAUAUUUUAUGUGGUAAACAGGAUUUUGGUUGGUUUGGUUACAGUGUAGCUGCUAAAAACGUGCCCAAUACAAAUGUAACCAUGUUAGCAACAGGAGAGCCAGGAAUUAGGAAAUGUGCCAGAUCAAAUUGUUCAUUGGAUCCAACAGAUGUUCAGGCUGUAGGACAAACCCGUCUGAAUAGCCUAGUGGAUGGGAAACUCAUGCCAGGGGCAGUGAUAGUUGGGGUCCAACAGUUUCAGAUGAUGGGUGGUCAGGUAGAGAUUGGUCACCCCUUUGACAAGACUUCCCAGAUUCUUGCUGUGACUGCUCUUGGACAAGAGGUCACUGGUCACCUAGCUGACUUUGACCUUGACAUUCACCAAGCAGGAAGUGUACUCCUCUUCAACUGGUCUGACCCCAGCCAACCAAUCACAUACUUUAAAGGGGACAGAAAGUUUGGAAACUUUGGUGCCCAACUCAAGUUCACAGAUUUAAAUAGAGAUGGAAUUGAUGACCUUAUAAUCAGUGCUCCUGUAAGGACAGAGGACAUCACUGAGGAGCUUGAAGGAGCUCAACAGGGUCAAGUCUUUGUGUAUAUGGGUGGACCAAAUUUCCCAAAAGGUGAUGCCACAUCCAAAUGUGAUGAUAGGUUUAUGCUAGACCCAUGUCCAGGAUACAAGGCAACCAAGGUACUGGAAUUUGAAGAGGAUAAAGCCAGGUUUGGUUCCAGGAUGGCUGUAGUUAAAACCAAACUUAAGGUCCAGCUACUUGUCACAGCUGAGCACAGCUCAAAAGGUGGCAGACUGUCAGGAGCUAUUGGCGUUUUUAAUUUUUAAAUUAUUUAGAAAAUAAUUUUUAAUCAAACAAUUAAACCAUUUAAAAAGUGUUUUAAAAAGUGUAAGAACUAGUUAUUAAAAAAAGGCCUUGUAAAAAAAAAAUUUCACCUUUAAUUUCUUGUUAGAUUUACAUAAAAAAUUAUUUUCCUUUAACUAUACAAGUGCAAACCAUUUGUCUCAAUUUCUACUAAAAGCACUUCUUGUUAAAAUGAAUUUUUAAAUGUAUUUUACUGGUGUAAAAGUAAUAAUUUGUUUUCAUGUAUCACUACAUUGAUGUUUUUGGAGUCCAUUUUGUACUGCUCCAAAGACUUGGAGGAGAAGAUGAGCAAGUCCUUAACUAUUUUGUUACAAAAAUGUAUUGUGCAAUUCUGAUGUUUUUAAUGCUAUAGUUUUACUACCUAAUUAAAUGACAGUGAAGAUGUAACAUAGUCAGUAAAAUGUGAUACUGGUAAUUUUAAUUUUUCUAUUUUCAUUACCUACUUAAUAAGAUGACCUCUUCCUAUAAAGUGUUUUAUAUAUUUAUGAAUAUAUUUGUUGAUUUAGAUAUUUACAUUCCAUUGUUUAAACUGUUAAUAAUUUAUAAGUAUUCAUUUAUAAUUUAUAACUAAU